UAAUUUGUAUUAGCAUCGGAGAGACAUAGAGUGUGUCUAAUGUCUUGGGCUGGAAGCUUCGGUUUUGGGUCAGAUCUCAGUUUUCUCUUUCUCUUAGGGUUUUCGCUUUCUUCCGAUCUUCCACCAUCCACGCUCUGAGAUAUUGCUAGGGUUUUGAGCUUGAUUGGUUCGUUUAGGAUUAAGCAAUCUCCAUGGACAAGGACAAAUCUCUAGGUCACGGUGGAGGUUUGCCACCUCCAUCGGGGCGUUAUUCGGGUUACUCGGCCCCGGGAAGCGUGUUCAAUGUGAAAUCUGAGCCGUCGCCGCCGUCGUCGUCGUCGACGACGACGUAUCCGCCGUUGGGUCCGGGAGGCAGCUCGGAAACUAGUCAUUUCGGGCAUGGAAUGUCGACGGAUUCUAGUGGAUUUAGUCACGAUAUUAGCAGAAUGCCUGAUAAUCCGCCGCGAAAUAGAGGCCAUAGGCGUGCCCAUUCGGAGAUUCUCACCCUGCCUGAUGAUAUUAGCUUUGACAGUGACCUUGGUGUGGUGGGAGGUGCUGAUGGGCCUUCCUUCUCCGAUGACGCCGAGGAGGACUUGCUGUCCAUGUACCUUGACAUGGAUAAAUUCAACUCGUCGUCGGCCACGUCCACAUUUCAGAUGGGUGAGCCUUCCGGUGCUGUGGGAGCGUCCGCUUCGACGCCGGCGUUGGAGGCACCUGCAUCUUAUGCGGAGAAUGUUGUAAUUGGUAAUAAUGAAAGGCCCACCAGAGUUAGACACCAGCAUAGUCAAUCCAUGGAUGGGUCAACCACCAUCAAGCCUGAGAUGCUGGUCUCGGGUUCAGAAGACAUGUCUGCGACUGAUUCGAAAAAAGCAAUGUCAGCUGCAAAGCUUGCUGAGCUUGCCUUGAUUGACCCCAAGCGAGCAAAAAGGAUAUGGGCAAAUAGGCAGUCUGCUGCAAGGUCAAAAGAGAGGAAGAUGCGAUACAUUGCUGAGCUUGAAAGGAAGGUGCAAACAUUGCAAACGGAAGCAACAUCCUUAUCUGCACAACUAACUCUCUUGCAGAGAGAUACAAAUGGUUUGAAUUCUGAGAACAGUGAACUAAAGCUGCGGUUGCAAACCAUGGAGCAACAAGUUCAUUUGCAAGAUGCAUUAAACGACGCAUUAAAAGAGGAAAUUCAGCAUUUGAAAAUACUGACCGGGCAAGCUAUGCCACCUAAUGGAGGACCUAUGAUGAACUUUGCUUCUUUUGGAGGGGGGCAGCAAUUCUAUCCCGGUAAUCAUGCCAUGCACACCCUUUUAGCUGCACAGCAAUUUCAACAGCUCCAAAUUCAUCCUCAAAAGAAUCAGCCGCAUCAGCAUCAGUUUCAGCAGCUUCAGCAACAACAAAUGCUGCAACAGCAGCAGCAACAGCAACAGCAACGAGAACAUCAGCAGCAGCAGCAGCGAGAACAGCAACAUCAACAAUCAAGUGACUUUAAAAUGAGAGAAGCUACACCUACUCCAUGCCCCAAAGAUAACGCUUCCCCAGAUGUAAAUUCUUCAGGGGCCAAGGACUGUUGAGAGUUGAGACUGCUCAUUGUCUCGUCUAUUGCCUGUUAGAUUUCCCUUUGCCUUGUGUCUUAGUGUUUUUAGGUUAUGGCCUUUGUUAUAUUUUUUCAUUCUUAAACAGUACAAAUGAUCGUCCUAGUUAGAGAUUGAGAAUAAUACAUUUGCAUCUAUGCUACUGUGUAAUACUAAAAUUCUUUGAUACUCAUACUCCGUUUAAUUGCUAUGGAUAUAUAGGGGUAGGUUCAUGUGUG